GCUGUGAACCAUGCUACCAAAAUGUGGACCCGCGUGUGAGGAGGCCUGGGUAUACGGAACCUCUGGUCCAGCAGGCGCUGGGAGGGGUGUUUGCGACGCGUCAAAAACUACAUUUCCCGGCAUCCUCCUGGCUGCAGGACUACCUUGCCCGAAAGCCUGAGCGUGAUUCGUUCAGCCUUUCCGUUCUUAGUCCAACCGAGACGCUGAGGGUAUGUGGAGUCGUAGUGUUUGGCGGCUCCUGCUCUCUGAAAGCAGCGGGGGGCGACAGAUUUCAUCUCCCCGCGGGCGUUUCUCGCGGGCACUGCGGAGAGACUUCUUCACCACUACAACCAAGGAAGAAUAUGAUACAAGGCGAGUGGACAUAACUCCUUUAGAACAAAGAAAAUUAACUUUUGAUACCCAUGCAUUGGUUCGAGACUUGGAAACUCAUGGAUUUGACAAAGCACAGGCAGAAACGAUUGUAUCAGCAUUAACCACUUUAUCAAAUGUCAGCUUGGAUACUAUCUAUAAGGAGAUGGUCACUCAAGCUCAACAGGAAAUAACAGUACAACAGCUAAUGGCUCAUUUGGACUCCAUCAGGAAAGACAUGGUCAUCCUAGAGAAAAGUGAAUUUGCAAAUCUGAGAGCAGAGAACGAGAAAAUGAAAACUGAAUUAGAACAAGUUAAGCAACAAUUGAUAAAUGAAACCAGUCAAAUCAGAGCAGAUAAUAAACUGGACAUCAACCUAGAAAGGAGCAGAGUAACAGAUAUGUUUACAGAUCAAGAAAAGAAACUUAUGGAAGCAACCACAGAAUUUACCAAAAAGGAUACUAAAACCAACAGUAUUAUCUCAGAGACCAGUAAUAAAAUUGACACUGAAAUUGCCUCUUUAAAAACGCUAAUGGAAUCUAACAAGCUUGAAACAAUUCGUUAUCUUGCAGCCUCAGUGUUUACUUGCCUGGCAAUAGCAUUGGGAUUUUACAGAAUCUGGAAAUAGUGAAACAACUACACUAUGCUCCUGCUGCUGCUGCUAUUGAUUUCUUAAAACUGCACCACGAUUGGUAUACCUCGAACACUGAAAGUUGAUCAAGACGUAAUACAACAAGAUUGUUCAAACUACAUAGGUACUAAAAAGAAACGUUUCAGAAUGAAAUGUAUUUUAUCUUUGUUUUUAUGUAUUUUAUGAUGUUGAAAAGCUGCCAUUCAAAACCUGAUUAAUUUGAGACAGAAGGGUCUUUUGUUUGUAUUCUUUGAUAGUUCGUAGAAACUGAACCAGAGUUUUCUAGUGUUUGCAUAAACAAUUCUGCAAAUCCUACAGGAUUUCUUUGGUUCUCUUAUGCCUACAUAUUUUGUUAUACAACUUUCCUGAUAACUACUGCACUAUUGCCUUUUCAUAUAAAAUAUAAGACAGUUGUUUGCAUUUGAAAAAUAACCAUAUAGCUGCAGAUUGUUUGAGGAUUAUUUUGUAAUGAACAAUUAAAAACAAUAAAUUUAAAAUCUUAAAAUGUGUGUCCUAGUGCAAGCAUAUGAGACUUAAUAGGAAACUUGUAGAGCUGCUAAAUCCUGAGCCGUGAUUAUUACACAUAUUAAUUUUUUGAUUCACAAAAACCAGCUUGUCCCUGCUUUAUAUUAAUUACAUAAAAUAAAGCUUUUUCUCGUGAUAUUUAAAUUCAGUAAACAUCUACUGAUAAAUAAUGCCUACUCUCAAGAAACUCAUACUUUUGUUUUAUUGCUAUUGGGUCAACUAUAUUUUUCCUUAUAUAAUAGUAUUAAUAGUAUACAUGUAAUUUCAAGGAAAGUAAAAAGACCUUCAAUUUUACCCAGAUCGAGAAGCCAAAGCCAGGAAGUGCCAAACAUUUCAAGAUUUCAUAAUAAUGCCUUGGCAAUAGCUUUAAAAGUUUGAUAACCAUUAUUUAUUCAAUAUGUUAAAAUGAAUUAAAUUAAAAUUCAAUAUAUAACUAAACUCCAUCACUGUUUAGUUAUAAAUAGGGAGUUUAAAGAAUAGAGCAGUCAAAGACUAGCCCUUAUGGUCUAGUAAGUGUGAAUCAGAGGCUUUCCAACUAAAUUUUCUUGUAACUGCUGGGUUGUUUUCAAAACAAAACACUAUUUUAAUAUUUUAUGUUCUGAUUUAUUUCUAUUUCAGAAUUUGCUUGCCUAAGAAAAUUCUUGGCACAUUGUAGAUACAUUUUUAUUGGACUAAUAAUAAAUAUAGACCAAAAGAUUCCAUUGUAAUAAACUUGACAGUGCAUUUGUUCACUGAAUAAAUAAGAAUGGCAGACAAAGGUCAACACUAUUUUGUUCUUAUGGAAUUGACAAUCUUAGUGGAGAAGAUAGUAAACAAGUAAGUAAAUGAUUGCUGGUUUUUACCAUUUAAAGUUUAAUAAAAUACUGAGAGGGCAUACUUCUUUCCUCCACGUGAAAGAAACUCCAGUAGCAUAGCACUACUGUCUUCCUCCCCUCACCCACCCUGCCCCAGGUGAAGUAAAGUGAAGGGAGAAACAGGGCCCGAGCAGACACCUCCUCCCCACUCCUGCGAGAUCAGGCUCAGCCUCCGCAGGGUGAAGCCUACCCCAGUGCAGUAUGCUUGGGGCAGGGUGAAUACGUUUGUCCAGUUCUGAGGUUCACUAAUAGGGAACUUACUGAAGAUAUAAACACAUUCUCCAGUAUCAGCUGUAUCAGUAUAGAAAGGCACUAUUUGGGACUUAUCAAUUCAUUUGUUCUUCAUCUUAAUAAGGUUCACAACCCAGAUGGGAAGGAGGAGUGCCAUUUAUUGGAUCUCCUCAACCCUCAACAAAUAAUAUUCCCAGUUCCAUUAAUGAUAAAAUAGAUGUUCCAUCUUUAAGGAUUUAGCAAGGUGCUUUGUAUCCCAAUAAUGGAAGAACAGAAGUAUACACACCAUACCCAAUUCCCAUUACUUCUAGAUCCUAUCUUUUCCAGGGAGACUUUAUUUUGGUGUUUCGGAGUUUAGGUAGGUUUUUAUUUAAGGAAUGUAAAUAUCUGAAAUGAAGAAAAAUGAGGAUUGUUACACCUGUGUUCAACAUUUGCACCCAUUAUAAAACAGCUAUUGUUGUAUACACCUGUUUCUUACAUUAAACUGAGUUCCCAGAAGCUUACAAGAGGUACUUCAUAAAUUCAUGUGGAGUAA